AUGGAGCAGUGGAAUAUGACUGACUUGACAGCCAAGCCAGUCUCACUUUUGUCUAACUGUACUGUGGAUAUAAGCUACCGCUUCACCUUCUACAAAGUAUCCUACAGUGUCAUCUUCCUGCUGGGGGUGGCCACCAACAGCCUGGUUCUGCGCAGACUGUGUCUGUCUCCCUGUACCAUGAACAGCACGGCCAUUUACAUGGCCAGUCUAUCGACGACUGACUUGUUUUUUGUCAUCUCUCUACCUCUGAGAAUCUACUACUACCACCAAAAGGCUCAAGCCUUGUCCUCCAAGACAGAGGACACCUCCAGUUGGACUCUUGGGCCAGCUUACUGCCAGAUCACAUUCACUCUCAAAUACAUCAGCCUGUAUGGUGGCAUCUUCUUCCUGGUGUGCAUUGCUGUGGACCGUUACUUUGCUGUAGUGCACCCCCUGGCAUCGACACUACGCAGGUUGCGUGCCGCACGGGUGGUGAGCGGAGGGAUCUGGUGCCUGGUUCUGGGGCUCAGUGUGUGUCUGCCUGCGCUGCGGUUAGCGGCUUCUCACCAGAACAAGGCCUGUCUGCUGGAUCCGUCCUCACGACACCAUCGCACCCUUAUCCUGCUAUUCCUGGGCAUAGCCCUGGGGUCAUUUCUGCUGCCCACUCUUGUACUCCUCUACAGCUACUGCCGGGUGCUGAGUGUCCUUAGCAAGCUGAGACACCGCUGCCGCAGCAACCGCCACGGCCAUCUGCACACUCUAAGGGUUAUUUACUCAGUGCUGGGUGUGUUUCUCCUGUGCUUUCUCCCCUAUCACAUCAACCUGCUGGGAUAUACGCUCACACACGUGAAGCUGUUGCCACAUUGUGGCCUGGCCAAGGCAACCAAGGCUAUGCAUCCUGUGGUCCUUUCCUUAGCCAGUUUCAACUGCUGCCUCAACCCACUCAUCUACUAUUUCUCCAGCAGCCUGGUGCACAGGGAGGUGCCCAGUAGUGGAGGCAGUGGUAGCCGGUGA